AUGAAAGCCCAACGAGCAAGACUUUCUGGAUCCGAUCAACAGAAGCGCAAGUAUACUUCUCGUGCGUGCGAGGAAUGCCGCCGCCGUCGGGCAAAGUGUGAUGGCGCACGCCCGUCAUGUACUCGAUGCCUAAGCCGUGGCAUGCAAGCAUGCAAGUAUGCAGGAGGUGAAGACGGCCGCAAGCCUGCUUCCAAGACUUACGUCGAUCUCCUCCGCCGCCGCAUCGAGGCCCUUGAGCAGGUGCUGCGCAACCAUUGCAUCGACGUCGAUGCGUCGAUAGCCGCUCUGUCCUCCAGCAGCACGGGUCUGGGUGAUGCUGACUCACUGACCAUGUAUGAGGAUCCUGGUCACAGCGAGACCUCGCCAGACGUUGAUGCUCUCUGUGAUGCGUUUGAAGGCACUUUGUCAAUCGAAGAGGCGCUGAACUAUGAAGGUGACGGCGAGUUUCGCUACUUUGGCCCCACAAGUGGACGGCUGCAGUUCAUGUCCGAUACUAUGCUGGAUCAGGGCGAAGGUGCUUCUUCGGCACGGUCACAAACUAAAUCUGUUGAGUUCACCGCUGCCAACCCUCGCGCCGAGAUGAAUCGGCGAAUUCUGGCAGAGGACAAUAGCAGUCAUCUGGUCUCAGAGGAGUUGAGAUCGGAGCUAGUGAACUUGUACUUCACAUGGCAAAAUCCGUGGUUGCUGGUCGUCGACGAAAACCUUUAUCGGGAAAGUCUGAAGACAACGGGUCGCUACUGGAGUCCUCUUCUCGAGAACUGCAUUCUUGCCCUUGGAUCUCGCUUCACGGAUAGCCCUGCAGUGCGCGCUGAUCCAGCCGAUACAAACAGUGCCGGGCAGUUCUUUUUCAAACGGGCUGAGAGCUACCUCGCCUACGACCUGAAGUUCCCGAACAUUACGACUAUACAGUCUCUUUAUUUGCUGAGCACGCUCAGUGUGUCCACAGGGGCCGACGCGACUUCUUGGCUACGCCAGGGCACGGCAAAGCAGCUCGCUCUCGACCUAGGAAUUAAUCUUGAUGCCCAAAGAAUCUCUGGCUCAAAUUUGAUACCGAAAGAGGAGGUCGAGCUUAGACGGCUGCUUUAUUGGUCCAUGUAUUGCGACGACAAGCUUGCUGCUGCUUAUACGGGACUUAUCCAGGAUGCUCAAGGGCUCGUUGCAUGGCCGUCCGUGCCGAAUGUGGAAGCAAACCUCUUUGACCAAUUUGGGGAUGUUCGAAACUCCAGAACACUCAUGUUGCAGCAGCAUGCUCUCAUGCGACUCAGUCAAAUACUUGAAGACAUCUUGGUGUCCCUAUAUAUGCCGAAGCCAAAGUGCCAGGGAAUACUACGAUCAACUUUUCUCGACUCAUGCUACCUCAAGCUUAAGACGUGGAUAUACGAUCUGCCACCUGAGCUCCGCCUGGACCGUCUGGACGCUUCCUCCCUGCCGCAGACGUUCACUCUUCACAUGGUCUACUCCACUGCCUGCAUCCUCCUCGCAAGGCCUUACUUGGCUACCCCCGACUCCACCAACAGCAGUGCCACAGAACCAGCUGACACUAUCGACCUAAAACCCAAAACAAACUUUCAAAAAGCCAAUUCACUCCUUCAAACCUCGGCCAAGCAGAUCUGCAGCACGGCGCGAAAGUAUCGCCGCGUUUUCGGCAGCUUCCGCUGCAGUCCAAUCACCGCCACGCACUGCACUCUAUCAGCCGCUCUUGUUCUUCUACGCAGUGCUAAAGCACAACCUGGCACUGCCCCAGAUGCCAUAUCUUCAUUUAACUUCAGCACCGACGACAUGAGACUCUGUCUUACCGUGCUGGAUGAGCUCUCUGCUUCAUGGGACACCGCACGGAGGAUAAGGCUAAACCUGCUGAGACUUAUCAAGAACUCCCGGACAGUUGGUGUUGAUGAUGGCCGAGGCCUAUCGAGUUCCCUGGAAGACGUAAAGAGACACGGGAAAGAGAGUAUGGGAAAGGACAACGAAACCUUGCUAACACCAGGGUCUUCAUCCACGGAGAUUGGACAAGGAGAACCCUACGCGUUCCAAUACCGACCAUGGGGGGAUGUCUCGCAGGGCACUGAUGGAGGAAUAGACCCGAGUCUGUCCCAACACAACAAAAGCGAGAUCGACGCUGUGUCAGCCUCACUGGGAUUCGGCUUGGAGCAUACGCUUGAGACGAUGAUCGGGGACGACUUUGCGUUCGGACCAGAUGUCAUGAAUGAUGACUAUGAGUGGGACACAUUUCUGCAGCAGUAG